UGAUGCAGGCAACUUCAGACUCAAGUUGCAAGUUCCCAAGUUGUGUUGGAAGCUAAGCUCUUUCUUGUGUUUCCACUGUUGUCCUCCUUGGGAAGUCUUCGUGGAUGCAGCAAUAACUGGAAUAUUGAGACUCAAAAAAUAAUCUAAGCAUUCACCAAAUUAAGUGUGUUAUUCAGACAGAGAAUUGAUAUAAAAGCAUCAGAGCUGCAAAAGAAGGGUAUGUUCAAGUUCCCUGGAGAUAAGCACUCAGGCCAAAAUUAGUCACGAAAAGAAGGAGAGCUGCAAGCUGCUAAAGGAUCUGCAAGGUGAAGAUACCUGUAUGCCUGCUGAUAUGAAUGAAGGUGUGGAAGCACUGGAAAAGGAACAUUCUGUGCACAAAAAAAAGAAAAAGGAUAAACAUUCCAAAAAAGCUAAGAAGGAAAAGAAGAAAAGUAAGAAACAGAAAUCUGAAAAGAAGGAUGACUUACUUGAUAGUUCUUCUGAUUCUUCAGUUGAAUGGGUUGAGUCAAAUGUGUCACAGUCAGAUGACACAGAAGAGGCUUGGAAGGUCAACAAACAACCAGAUGCUGCAAAAGAACCUUCUCUGCAGAGAGAAGAAUGGAUGAAUUUAAGCUUCAUGUCAUUGAAAACAACGUCAGUAGCAGCUGUCAAAGGUGAAAGACACAAAGACAAAGUAUUGGAACGACAGAAAGCUCAAGAACUUGAGCAGGCCAUGCUAUCUGAGAGAGAACUCAAUCCCUAUUGGAAAGAUGGUGGUACAGGUUUGCCACCAGAGAAGGAUGAAGAGGCUUCAGUUAAGAAAGUUACAGUGGUAGAAGAUGCUGGAUUAAGUUGGCUGCGAAAAUCAUACCAAAGGAUGAAGGAGCAGGCUGAGAGAGAGAAGCGAAAUUUUGAUGAAAUUGUAGCUGAGAGAUAUGGGUCAGUGGAGAUAUUUCAGUCACGAUUAGAAGAAGCUGAAAAAGCUGCAUCCAAAAGGGAAAACUAUCAUAGAAGUGGAAGAUGGAAGAAGACUGACUAUUCAGAAAGUGAGAAAGAGAAGAAAGACAAGAGAGAGCAGCAUAUUGAAAAGGAGACACGAGAUGAAGAUGAUAGAGACAGACACAAAUUUGGGGGCUAUUCCAGGGAGAAGUAUGGCAAGGGGUGGGUGCAGGAAGACAGAGGUUACAAAAGAGAUGUAUCAAGAGCAGACCAGGAAUGUGGACACAGUAGCAUGGACUCAGUACCAAGGGGCUACAGCUCCAAAGCAGAAAAAUACUCCAGUGAAAAACGAAAUCAGGAGAGGAGUUCAUCUCUAAGCAACUUGAAACACAAAUUUUUGAAACCCUCUGAAGAUGAUUUAACAUCUUACAGUGCACCCAGAGACUCCAAGUUAAAGCAGUUCUCUUCCAAGGAGGACUCAGCUCACAGCUCUUUGAACAGCCGUUUCCAGAAACCCAGUGAGGAUACUGCACUGUGGACCAAAACACACACGGAAGAUAGCAAUGAGAAAUUAAAGUCUGAUCAAAAAUCAUCAGGUACUAGGGAACAAAUUGAUGGCAAAAAUUGGAAAAGAACUCCUCUAAGUGAUGAAAAAGAGAAGUCACGACAGGAACAUGCAAGUGAUGCACCUGAGAUUUUAUCUGACAGUAAAACAUCAUCCUCUAGAUCAUCACAGGAUGAACCGCCUCAGGUCCUUAGUGAAGAGGAGAUGAACAGACUGGGAGCGAGGAUUGUGAAAGCAGAACUCAUGGGAGACAUGGAGUUAGCUUCAGAACUUCAAGCCAAACUUGACAGUGCUCGCAAGUUGAGAGAGACUCAGGGACAGAUUCCAGCAAAGGCUGGCAGAGAGGCUUCAAGCCGUCAAGAAGAUGAACAAGUGGUCCUUGUGAGAACAGAUGGGAGUGGAAGGGCAUGGCCUGUGAUGGGACCAACAGAGCCACUGGAACCAAAAGGAGGACGAAGAAAGCAGCAGAUGGUGCCUACUCAUGUAGAUAAAGAGAGAGUAAGGUAUUUUCAGGAUGAUGAUAGUAUGAACCUGAAGGAUUUGGUCAAAAAUGAGAAGAUGAGAACAGCAGAGGAUCAAAACUCGCUGUUCAUGCGUAUGGCAUCAAAGCUCAUGGAAAAAACAGACAGAGAGUACUACACUCUGGAUGACAUGUUUGUUUCCAAAGCAGCCAAGAGAGCACGCAGUGGGGAAGAGGAGGAAGUACAAAGAAGAAAAGCAAUCCGUGAGCACCAGCAACUUGCUGCAUGCAUGGAAAAGUGCCCCUACUGCUUUGAUAGCAGUGAACUUUCUAAACAUCUUAUUAUUGCAAUUGGCACCAAGGUGUACUUGUCUCUACCAAGCAGCCAGUCCCUUACUGAAGGUCACUGCCUGAUAGCCCCUCUACAGCACCAUACUGCAGCCACUCUUUUGGAUGAAGACAUCUGGGAAGAAAUCCAGAUGUUCCGAAAUGCACUGGUGAAAAUGUUUGAAGCUAAAGACUUGGACUGUGUGUUCCUGGAAACAAACAUGAGUAUGAAGAAGAAGUAUCAUAUGGUAUAUGAAUGCAUUCCUCUUCCAAAAGAAGUAGGAGAUAUGGCUCCAAUCUACUUUAAGAAAGCUAUAAUGGAGUCUGAUGAAGAGUGGUCCAUGAACAAGAAGUUAAUUGAUCUUUCUUCAAAAGACAUUCGGAAAUCUGUUCCUAAAGGGUUGCCAUACUUUUCUGUGGACUUUGGCCUUCAGGGAGGAUUUGCUCACGUGAUUGAAGAUCAACACAAUUUCCCUCAUUACUUUGGAAAGGAAAUUAUUGGUGGCAUGCUGGACUUGGAACCGCGGCUCUGGAGAAAAGGAAUCAGACAGAACUUUGAGGAGCAGCGGAAAAAGGUGUUGCAGUUUGCUCAGUGGUGGAAACCAUAUGACUUCACCAAAAAGAAAGAAUGAGAACAACCUGGAGUCAAGGACUAUAUAAGCCAUUAAUUACACUAAAGGAUACUUCAAAUGUUAGGAAUAACACCAGUGUGUUAUGUGUGGCUAAUAUAUUUUAAAAUAUAGGAUAUUGUUUAAUUGCUGAUGAUCUGUUUCUGUUUUGGACACUGAAUCACAUGUACUCACAAGCCUGAAAAACCAGAUUUGUACAGUGAGUUUAGUUUUUCCUUUUUCAGUUGAGCCAAAAGGAUAAUAUCCAUGUGGCCAUUUGAGUUCUUAAAAAUGUAACUUUUGCUUUUGGAGUUUUUAUAAUCUUUGAGACAACUGAUAUUUUUUAUAUUGUAUUAAGCCAGUGCUUAAUAAUCAUGGUGAACUUUUGUCAAAAAUGGUGUACAUUUUAAGAACAUUUUGAUUAAUACAAAUACAUUGCUACAGAAGGAAAUUAUACAGAAAAUAGUCUUCUGAUUUUGUGUCCUUGUGGUCUUUAAAUUGAGGUCAUUGCAGUAACACAAACAUUCACGAAGAAUGAAUGUUGCCCCCCUGUACAGGAAUGAAUACAAUUUUUUGUACUUUCUUUCAAUAUGAAGUAGUGUUUUUCAAGCACAAAGGAUAAUAAGACAGUCCAUAGCUGAUGACAAAUGACAGCUUUAAUAGCAGCAGUUACCUUUGGUAACAGUGAAAGAAGAAUCUCAAGGGAAAACGCUCUCUGAUGGCCAGCAAAGAAGAAAUUCAUCACAGGGAUCUC